AUGUCACAGCAACUUGUGGGGGGUCGCAACAUUGAGUUUGUUAAGGGCCUUGGUGCCGAUGAGGUUCUUGACUACAGGACUCUAGAGGGGGCAGUCACAGGAGUGGUAGUUGAUUUAACUCCUAAUCCAUCUUCAUUGAUGUGUGCUGCCCUGAAGAAAGUUACUUUUUCCAAGAGGCGGCUGGUGCCAUUUUUUGUAGAUGUCAAGCGUGAGGGCCUGGAUUAUCUACUUCAAUUAUUGAAGGAUGGAAAACUCAAGUCUGCUAUUGACUCCAAGUUUCCUUUGAGCAAAGCUGAAGAUGCUUGGGCUAAGAGCAUUGAUGGCCAUGCUACUGGAAAAAUCACUGUGGAGCCAUAA